GAGCGUCUUUUAAAAGAAUUCGAAUCCACAGUACGUCCAUGAUACUUCACAGCUCGCGCUGUCCAGACAUAAACUCAUCCUUCAUAAAACCAAAAAGCAAAAUGUCACUAUCUUUCCCAAUGGCCACCUGGUUUCCAGAAUAAGCGAUUACAUUAUUUACAGUGUAGAGGCCGGUGUCAUCGACAAGGUAGUGGAAAUGUAUGGCCCGUGUAUGUAUUUCAAGUUGCAAAGGCUUGCUUGCUUGCUGCGCCCUUAUAUUUGCAUCAUGAAUUUGAAAUGUGCCUGUCUGACUUGUGGAAAAUCACACAAAAAGCUACCAAGGUCGGUGCAAUCGUCGGUGGUCAAACGUCCUGCAAGGCCCCUGAGCUCGCGGCUUUCGACAAACACCUUCCCAAGGACGUAGAGAUCGUAUCAUGCCAUUCGCUACAUGGCCCUCAAGUCAACCCCAAGGGUCAACCUCUGGUACGCUGCUGUCUGCCUGCUUGCCUGCCUGUCUGUUAUUUGCUUGGAGCAUAUUAUAUGCCCUCAAGACCCAAGAUCGCACAGGACAAUGUAUGAUAACAUAACGCCCGUUUGCCUAUUUUGUGUCUAGGUCUUGAUCCAGCACCGUGCCUCCGAUGAAAGCCUCAACUUCGUCAAGGAAGUCCUGUCAUGCUUCGAAUCCAAGUUCGUUUUCCUCUCCGGAGAGAUGCAUGAUCGCAUCACGGCAG